AUGUUUUUCCUGGACCUUCCGGUUCAAAAAUACUGUUCCAACCCACAUCUACUGGUGGCCUUGGGUAUACUAUUUUCCCAUCAGUCUUCCCCUGAAAUAGCUUGA